AUGUAUUAAAGGACAUCGAUCUCUCAUUGCUAAUUGUGUAAGAUGCAAGCCAUGAAACCUAUCUCAUUAAUUUGCUCUCAUACACUUUGUUUCAAAUGCGCAUAAAAUAUAUCUAUUUAGGAAAAUACAAGUUAAAUACAGAAUAAGUUCAGAAUUUAGUGUCCAUUAUGCCGUAGAGUUACUCAUACCUAUGAUAUCAAUAAUCUCUUAAUGGAAAAUAAUGAACUGAAUCUGAUUACAGAUUCAAGUGAAAUGGAUAGGGAGAUUCUAAAUGAGAGUUAAUUAUAAAAUGAUUCAUAACAUUGCAGAAGGUAUUCUAAUUUUGAUAUUCCAAACAAAGCUCAAAAUACAGCUCAAUAAAAAAUGUCAGAAUUAUUAACAUAAACUAACAACGCUAUGAAAUUGAUGAAUGAAAAACCUAAACAAAAUAAUACAACAGUUGGACACAUCCACAAAUAAUCAGCCACUGUUGCCGUUAUCCCUGAUGACAGUAUUUUUUUAUUUGAAUUAUUAGAUCGUUCCAAAGUUCAACUCAAUUAGCAACCAUAUGGAUCCUAAUUUUAAUCUCAGAUCUAAAAAACCUUAAUCUAAUAUCAACAACAACAAUAAGAACUUCAAUUACAAACUUAACUAGUUAAUAAAGAUAUCUUAAAGCCUAAUAAUAACACUCCUAAUGCUAGUCCUUAUUCAACUCCACUUGCAUCCCAAUUUCACAUCAAUUUCCAAAAUACCGAUAAUAAAAAACAAGCACAGAAUCCUCUUCAAUUCUAACCCUUAAAGGAUAAACCUUAUUAUUUCGAUGAUAAAAAAUACACUUAGGAAGUUAAAGAAAAUUAAUUUCAAAAAGAUAUACAGAAAGAAAUUACAGAACCAUCUCGACACAAAAGAAGUGCUACUGGAGUUCCUAAUAAAUAAUUAACCAAUAAUAAUAUAUCAAUCAUUAAUAAUGUACCUCAAAAUAAUAGCAAUACUGAAAGUUCUGAAUAAAUUAUUACUUAAUAUUUCUAAAUUAUACAAAAAGGGCUAUAAAAAUUAGAAAAAGACACUUUAAUGAUCAUUAAAAACAAAAAUGUUCACCCACAAGCUCUAUAUUAAAAAAUGAAAUAAUUAAAUCAAACAAAAGAUCAAGAUGGAGAACUCAUUUAAUCAAUCAAAAUAAUACUCAAAUUACAAACUGAAUUAAAUGGGCUAUCAACACCAUCUUGUCAUAGAAAAACAAGUUCUCAUGCAAGUCAUAGAUAUUCUAAUAAUACAACCAAUACAAAAAGUGAUCAUAGUUCUACUUCAAUUUUGCAAUAAGAAUUUAAAAACUUAAAGAAGUUGUUUUGA